AUGGCUCAAUCGUCACCGGCCUUGAUAGACACCCUUGACCUUGUUAUUUUAGGCAGCAUUGGUUUGGGUACCAUUGCUUGGUUCACCCGACGUCAGAUUGCAGAGAAAUUAUUUGGACGCAAAGAUGAUGCCAAUGCCAAGUCCGCCCCCACCGGUGCUUCUCAAGCCCCCAAACGGGAACGCAACUUUGUCAAGGUCAUGGAACAACAAGGCCGACAAGUGAUUUUCUUUUAUGGUUCGCAAACGGGAACGGCGGAGGAUUAUGCUGCUCGUUUGGCCAAGGAGUGUUCGCAGCGGUUUGGAGUGAACUGUAUGACGGCUGACAUUGAACUUUACGAUCUGAGCUACCUGGAUACCGUGCCGGAAGAUAAGCUUGUGUUCUUUGUCAUGGCGACCUACGGUGAAGGCGAGCCUACCGAUAACUCCGUGGAAUUCUGGGAUUUGUUGAUGGACGAAGAGCCCCAAUUUUCGGAGGGCGAAUCCAGCUUGAAGAAUUUGCGUUACAUCGUCUUUGGUCUGGGUAAUAAGACGUACGAACAUUACAAUUCUGUGAGCCGUACCGUUGAUAAGCGUCUUACCGCACUCGGUGCCCAACGGUUGGGAGAACGUGGUGAAGGUGAUGAUGACGGUUCUUUGGAAGAAGAUUUCUUGGCCUGGCAGGAACACAUGUGGCCUGUUUUCUGUGAAGCUCUGGGUGUCGAUGAAACCAGUGCUCACUCGGGCCCCCGUCAACCCACCUUUUCCGUUGAAGAACUGGCUUCCUACGAAAAGGACGAUGUUUACUUUGGCGAAAUUGGCGAAAAAACAAAGACUGGCGCUAAGGUCAUCUACGAUGCCAAGCGUCCGUAUACCGCUCCCAUUAACACGCGCGAAUUGUUCCAAGGUUCUGAUCGUCACUGUCUCCAUGUGGAGAUCGAUAUUGCAGAUACCAAUCUCAGUUAUCAAACCGGUGAUCAUGUGGCCAUGUGGCCUACCAAUAACGAGGUGGAAGUUAACCGUCUCGCUGCGGUGCUCGGCUUAAGCGAUAAAUUAGAUGCGGUCAUCAUGGUCAAGGCCAUUGAUUCCACUGCCUCCAAGAAGCAUCCUUUCCCUGUCCCCACGACCUAUAGAGCGGCUUUCAGACACUAUCUUGACAUUUGUGCGCCUCCUUCGCGUCAGACCAUCAUGUCGUUGGUGGAGUUUGCCCCUACGGCGGAAUCCAAGGAAUUUUUGCGCAUGUUGGCGACCGACAAGGAUGCUUACCGUCUCAAGGUCGCGGAUACCAUGAGUACCUUGGGCGAAAUUCUGGAAAUGGCUGCCGGCGGCCAGCUUACCUCUGGUUAUUUCGCUUCGGUGCCUUUUGAUCUCAUUGUCGAAAGUGUUUCUCGAUUGCAACCCCGUUACUAUUCCAUCUCUUCGUCUUCCAAGGAAAGUCCGAAAUCCAUUGCCGCCACCGCCGUCACCUUGAACUAUGCUCCCGAUGCUUCCGUGGAUCGCAUGGUGUACGGUGUGAAUACCAACUUUUUGUGGCGCAUUCAUGCGGCUACACACAAUGUGGAUGAUGGUCGCACUUACCCUGUUUACGAUCUGGCCGGUCCUCGUCAAUCGUACCUUGGUGUCGAUGGCAAAUGCUGCAAGCUGCCUGUACACGUUCGUCGUUCCCAGUUCAAGCUUCCUCGCAAUCCCAAUAUCCCUGUGAUUAUGGUCGGUCCCGGUACCGGUGUGGCGCCUUUCCGUGGUUUUGUCCGUGAGCGUGCUUUGCAGAAGAAGGAAGGCAAGCCCAUGGGUACGACGUUGCUUUUCUUUGGUUGCCGUAAUUCGCAGCAGGAUUUCUUGUAUGCAGAUGAAUGGCCCGAGCUAUUCGAGACCCUCGGUGGCGAUUCGCGCAUCAUUACUGCCUUCUCUCGUGAAACCGCCCAAAAAGUGUACGUGCAGCACCGAUUGCAGGAGAACGGCGAGGAGUUGUGGAACUUGAUGGAAAAGGGAGCCUUCAUCUAUGUGUGUGGCGAUGCCAAGAGCAUGGCUCGCGACGUGAACCAGACCUUUGUCAACGUUGCCAAAGAAUUUGGUGGUCACUCAACCGAGAAAGCCCAGGAAUAUGUCAAGAAUCUUCGCAACACGGGUCGUUACCAAGAAGACGUCUGGAGCUAA